AUGAACAGCACAGGCGGCGGCGGCAGCAACAACAAUGGCAAUGGCAAUGACAAUUCUGACUUCAUCGUCGCCGCCGUAGCGUUGGUUGUCUCGGUCGUGGCGCUGCUGGCCACGUUUAUGCAAGUGCUGCAGCAGUACUAUGCCUCGGCACAGGGCUAUUCACAAUGCAACGAAAAGGUCAUGGGAGAUUGGGCAUUGACCAAGACGAGACGGUUCCGCUUCGACGAGCUACGGUUUGAAGUGGAAUUUGAUGUGCCCGUCAUCUUCGUGUCGUCUCCGAAGAACCAAAACGGGCCCGUGGCAGAUGCUCCCAUCUACUACCUGGACGGCUCCCAGAAAUCCCAGCAAGAUACACACUCGACCGCCACGCUGGAUGAGCGCAAAGAAUACAAGGAAAAGUCUACAAAGGAAAAGAUUCACACCUCGGACAAUGAAAAGGCUGCCUGGUACGUGCUGCUCUUUGCCGCUCAACGCAUGGAGUCCGAAUCGCGGGAAUGGCAGAAGGAGGAAUACACAGCCUUUGGCCCUCCAGAUCUACACGGCAUUCCAGCAGAGCCUCCAACGUUGGCUGAUGACCACACCUUGGCCGUGGCUGUUCAGCGGAAGCGCAAGAGCUGGGACACCAUGCCUAUCAAUGUCACUAAGCCCUACGCCACGACUACCAUGUGCCACCUGAUCGAGAUGAUGGCGGCGAUUGGCGUCUACUGGAAGGAGUUUGACCGCAAGCGUGAUCGCUAUUGGGGAGAGGGCAACGGCUUCAUGAUCUUGGGCGAGAGGAUCAGCGACCCGGGACUCAUGUUCUCGUUCCAAGUCAACGGCCAGUGCUCCUUCAAGCGGAAUCGCGUCAUCCCAGUCGACGAGAUCAAGGAGCUGUGCUUCGGCCAUGUGCCCACCAUUUACCGUGAGAAGGAAGACAAGCGGCGCUUGACGGCCCCAGUCGAGGAGCGGCAGAACCUCAGCACCCUCGUCAUGGGCAGCCUGCGCGAAAUUUCCGAAACCUUGACCUCCAUAGGGUGCAACAAUGUGACGACUCGGUUAUGCUUGGAGGGCGGAACACGAAUGUCUCAUCUCUUUCCCAUAUCAUUUGAGCUUCUCGGCAUGUUGAGCAGAGUGUUCCACAUAGAGAACAGCAGCUUCACUUAUCUCCCCAACCCGACACCGGACAGCUGGGACAGGAGAUCAGUUUCCCUCCCCAAGUUACUGGAUGCUUUCUACAUUAAGACGCAACUCGGGGCUAUGGGCUCGGGGCAAGACACUCUCAUCAUCGCUCGCUACAGACACCACAUUGAGCGUAUACGGCAGCACCUUGAUGACAAGAAAAGCCUCGACAGAUGGCUCCUGUUGAGAUCGCUCCAUGCGGCCUUGGAUGACACGGAUGACGUCCUCACUGCAAGGACCAAGUCGGAAAGGCAGAGCAGUUACGAUGCUGAAAAUGCGUCAGAGAAGCCAAAUGACGCAGCAUCGGGGGCGGAGAAGCACAUUCAUCGGCGGGGUAUUGUCCAGGAUGUCGUGAGACAUCACAUCCAGGAUCUAAUCAGAUUACUGAACCAACAGGAAGAUCAGACUGCAGACACUUUGUCUGUUCGUCAAGACAUACGGCCUUCUUCGCCAAGUCGUCCGCGAGCCCCUCUACGACGGUUUGAAGACAUGGACGCUGCCGGGCCUGACGAUCGACAGGACAUCUUGAUGGGUGUGUAUUUUGACGCCAUUCGGCCCCGUGUGGUGUCAACUGCUCAGAACUCGGCUUUUCGAAGAAGCAGUCUCGUUGGUGUCCCUCCAGAGCUUGGACGCACUCUCGCUGCAAGCAUCCGCUCCAACACAUCUCUUCUCCCCUCACAUGCGACGAGUGAGUCCGUUCUCGCCCCAGUACAACAGAUUGCCGCUUCGGAAGAAACCCACAGCGGCGUCUCGCUUGCCGACCUGGAUGUAACGCACAAUGAUGUUUGGUGCACGCUCGUCUUCCGCAUGGUCUGCUGGCUAAUGCUGCAUAACUUUAACAAGAAGGACGUUCAGUUGCCCAAGAGCGAGCUCCUGGGUAGUCGAAUGCCAGUGUAUAUCUCAUGA